AUGCACUCGGCGCAACGUCAUAGCAUGUCAGCCUCUGUGAGAUGCGCGCUUCCUUGCAUGUCAUGUCUCCGCGGGAAGACCGUCAGCAGGCCAUCGAGCCGAAAGCGGACGACACAGCAUGACAAGAUGAAGCCUCACUGCACCAACACCGCAUUGCAGCAAUCGUUUGAGCAUACCGACAGACAUCCCCGCGCAAAGCAGACACCCAUGUCGACAUCGUACUUGAUCAUUGGCGCCAAUCGCGGUAUCGGCUUUGGGUUCGUGCGUCAGCUUGCAGUCAAGCCUGACACGAUCGUCUAUGCUUCCUAUCGCAAUGCUGCCAAGUCUGCUGAACUCAUCGAAUUUGCAAAGGCGCACGAGAAUGUCUCUUUGCUCACGCUGGACAUGACGGACGAAAAGUCAGUCAAGCAGGCAGCUAACGAGCUCAAGAGACAUACUGCGUCAAUUGACGUCGCCAUCUUCAACGCGGGCGUGCAAGGCUUCGUUGGCGACGUGCUCGAGACGUCCCCCAAAGUCUACCUCGAUCACUUUGAGCAGAACGUCGUCGGCCCACUGAUCCUGACGCAAGCGUUUGCUCCCUUCCUGUUGGCCAGCACGAGUGGCCGACGCGAGCUCGUCUAUCUGUCGACUGCUGCAGGCUCGAUCGGUAAGCUGCCAGACGUCGAUGGACUCGUCACUGCCGUCUUUGGCGCAAAGUCGUAUCCCUUCGGCCAUUACGCAGCAUCAAAGGCUGCGCUCAACAUGCUCGGUCGGGUCGUGGCGCUAAGCCUCGAGAAGAAGGGCAUCAACGUCUUGCUGGUGCAUCCGGGACUCGUGGCGACCGACAUGUCGACCAUGGCGGAAGGUCAGAAUGGUGCAAUUACUGUCGACGAAUCUGUGGAGACGACGCUCAAAGUGAUCGCAUCCGCCGAGAUCGGUAAAGGCCAGGAAGGCAUACUAAGCCAGGAUGGCUCGAUAAUCCCCUGGUGA